UAGCGGCACUUUGGCUUCAGAAAGUGAUCUGUGUUCCACCUAGGAGUAGUUUGGAUUUGCAAGUCUUCGUCUUCCAGAAAACCCAAGAUGGACCGCUAGGUUUGGGAAGUUUGAAACGUGAGACUGUUCCUCCUUAUUCUGCGGUUUUUCCCGAGGUCACCUUCGAGAAAACGUGGGAAUAAAGGAAGGCGCGCCUGGUGACCGGCCUCUGGUUCGUUCUGGGGUCGCAGCCUUUUAGAUGGACAUAGGAACUGAUGCACUGAGGAAAGGUCUUACCGCUCACCGAAGACUGCAGAUUUUUCUGCCUUGUGGAUUCCUGUACUUGAACGUUCUGUGGAGAGGGUCUAACUAGAUCAGAGUGGGAACUAGAAUUUAACGGUUCACGUGUAUUUUGGAAACCGAGUUUUGACCACCAUAGCACCGGCAGCGUGGGAGUGGGGACUGCCUCGAGCGGGCCCCGGGCGCCAGCAUGUUCUUUGGUUCUGGGUUACGUCAGCUAUACAGGGGUUUAUACCCGCCCAUCCGAAGGACCACCAGGCCAAUCUCGGGUUCUCUCUCCAGAAGUCUGGUGCUGAGCUCACAGAGGAGAACUCCAGAAUUCAGCAGCUUUGUUGCCCGGACCAACACGUGUGGAGAAUUGAGAACUUCUCACAUAGGCCAGGAAGUCACCCUUUGUGGAUGGAUUCAGUACCGAAGGCAAAACAUCUUUCUAAUUCUAAGAGAUUGCCAUGGUCUUGUUCAAGUUGUUAUUCCCCAGGAUGAGUUGGCCGCCUCUGUGAAGAAGAUUUUAUGUGAAGCCCCUAUGGAAUCUGUGGUGAAGGUAUCUGGGACAGUUAUUUCCCGACCUCCAGGACAAGAGAAUCCAAAAAUGCCAACAGGUGAAAUUGAAAUCAAAGUUAAAACAGCUGAGCUUCUGAAUGCCUGCAAGAAGCUGCCCUUUGAAAUUAAAGACUUUGUGAAGAAAACAGAGGCUCUUCGUUUGCAGUAUCGGUACUUAGAUUUGCGUAGUUUCCGAAUGCAGUACAACCUGCGGCUGAGGUCCCAGAUGGUCAUGAAAAUGCGGGAAUAUCUCUGUAACCUGCAUGGAUUUGUGGAUAUAGAAACCCCAACAUUGUUUAAGAAGACUCCCGGGGGUGCCAAAGAGUUUUUAGUGCCAUCAAGAGAACCUGGAAAGUUUUAUUCUCUCCCUCAGAGUCCUCAGCAAUUUAAGCAGCUUCUGAUGGUUGGUGGUUUAGACAGAUAUUUUCAGGUUGCCCGCUGUUAUCGAGAUGAAGGCUCAAGACCAGAUAGACAGCCAGAGUUUACUCAGAUUGACAUAGAGAUGUCUUUUGUAGACCAGACUGGCAUCCAGCGUUUAAUUGAAGGUUUGCUCCAGUAUUCCUGGCCUGCUGAUAAACAUCCUGUGGCGAUUCCCUUUCCUUCCAUGACUUUCGCUGAGGCGUUGGCCACCUAUGGAACUGACAAACCUGAUAUUCGCUUUAGGAUGAAGAUUGUGGAUAUCAGUUAUGUGUUCAGAAACACAGAGAUGAGAUUUCUUCAGGAAGUACUGGCUGAGCCCCAAGGAACUGUCAAAGCCAUAUGUGUCCAGGAAGGAGCAAAGUAUUUAAAAAGGCAAGACAUUGAGUUCCUUAGAAAAUUUGCAGCCGAACAUUUUAAUCAGGAAGUCUUACCUUUGUGCCUGAAAGCCAAUAGAAACUGGAAUUCACCAUUUGCUAAAUUUAUAAUGGAGGAGGAAAGAUUGGAAUUAGUCAGACUAAUGGAGAUCCAAGAUGAAGACAUGGUGCUGCUGACUGCUGGAGAGCACAAGAAAGCAUGCUCUUUGUUGGGAAAGUUACGGCUGGAAUGUGCAGACCUUUUGGAAAUGAGAGGAAUGAUACUUCGUGACCCAGCACUGUUCUCUUUCCUUUGGGUGGUGGACUUCCCACUCUUCCUUCCUAAGGAAGAGAGUCCCACAGAGCUGGAGUCUGCACACCACCCAUUUACAGCUCCUCACCCCAGCGACAUUCACCUCCUCUACACUGAGCCUGAAAAGGUUCGUGGCCAACACUAUGACUUGGUUUUAAAUGGCAGUGAGAUAGGAGGUGGCUCUAUCCGAAUUCAUGAUGCAGAGCUACAGCGUUACAUCCUGGCAACAUUACUAAAGGAAGAUGUGAAAUUGCUUUCCCAUCUGCUUCAGGCAUUAGAUUAUGGGGCACCCCCUCAUGGAGGAAUUGCCUUGGGGUUAGAUAGACUAAUAUGCCUUGUCACUGGAGCUCCAACCAUCAGAGAUGUCAUAGCCUUCCCCAAAUCCUACCGAGGACAUGAUCUCAUGAGCAAUGCCCCAGAUUCUGUCCUGCCUGAGGAGCUGAAGCCCUAUCAUAUCCAGGUCUCCUGGCCAACAGACUCAGAAGAGGAAGAGGCCUUGAAUCAGCCACACCUUCCAAAAAGUUGAGCUUUUGUCUUGUUUUGCCAAACCCAAAUCCACAUCUGCCACAGAUCUUAGAAUCAAGUCUUUGGUUGAAGUAAUCCAGGGUACACUCAUCACCACAGUAUGAAAGAGGAGAUAUACAAUUGUGAUUUUUGCUAACAUGUAUCAUUAGGA